GGGACGGGACGGGACGCGGCGGGAGGGGAGCGGCGCUUCACGGCGCUCCGCCCGCCGCCGGCACAGUCCGAGGGGAGCCGAGCCGCGCCGUGCUGUGUUGUGGAUGAUGAGUGCGUGAGAGCCAUAAAGCAGCGUCUGGGGCCGGGAGCGCCUGCCACUUCCAGGGCAAGAUGCCACAGACACCUCCCUUUGCAGCGAUGUUUGACAGCAGCAGCUACAACAGGAACCUGUAUCAGACUAAAGAAGACAAUUGUGGAGGGCUCUACUACCACAACAACAAUCUCCUGUCGGGGUCUCUGGAAGCUCUGAUCCAGCACUUGGUGCCCAAUGUGGAUUACUAUCCUGAUAGGACGUACAUCUUCACUUUCCUCCUCAGCUCCCGCCUCUUCCUGCACCCCUACGAGCUCAUGGCCAAAGUCUGCCAGCUGUGCACUGAGCAGCAGAGACUCAGGGAGCCUGCCCUGGACAAGAACUGGAUCCAGAAAAUUGCACCAAAAAUCCUACAGUUGUUGACUGAGUGGACAGAGACUUUUCCUUAUGAUUUCCGAGAUGAAAGAAUGAUGAGGAACUUAAAGGAGUUGGCACAAAGAAUAGCCAGUGGGGAUGAGAUGUACCGGAAGAACGUGCAGCAGCUCCUGCAGAACCUGAUUCGGAAGCUGGCCGCAGUGACCCAGUACGAGGAGGUGCUUGCCAAAAUUGAUGCCACCACAUCCACAGAUCGCCUCACGCUCCUGAAGACCAAGCCCCAGUCCAUGCAGAGGGACAUAAUCACAGUCUGCAAUGAUCCCUAUGUGUUAGCUCAGCAGCUGACGCACAUAGAGCUUGAGAGACUCAAUUAUAUUGGACCAGAAGAAUUUAUCCAGGCGUUUGUGCAAAAGGAUCCUUUGAAUAAUGACAAGAGCUGCUACGGAGAUGGAAAGAAGACUCGGAAUCUUGAAGCCUAUGUGGAGUGGUUUAACAGGCUCAGUUACUUGGUUGCAACAGAAAUCUGUAUGCCUGUGAAGAAGAAGCACAGAGCAAGAGUGAUAGAAUAUUUCAUCGAUGUGGCACGGGAAUGUUUUAACAUUGGCAACUUCAAUUCCUUAAUGGCUAUUAUUUCUGGCAUGAACAUGAGUCCUGUGUCUCGAUUAAAGAAAACCUGGGCAAAAGUGAAGACAGCCAAAUUUGAUAUUCUUGAGCAUCAGAUGGACCCUUCCAGCAAUUUUUACAAUUACCGAACUGCUCUGCGUGGAGCCACUCAGAGGUCCCUGACAGCUCACAGCAGCAGAGAGAAGAUCGUGAUACCUUUCUUCAGCCUCUUGAUCAAAGAUAUUUACUUCCUCAAUGAGGGUUCUGCCAAUCGCCUUCCCAAUGGUCACAUCAAUUUUGAGAAAUUUUGGGAAUUGGCAAAACAAGUCAGUGAAUUUAUGACAUGGAAGCAAGUGGAGUGUCCUUUUGAAAGGGAUUGGAAGAUUCUGCAGUACUUGCUCUCUGUCCCAGUCUUCAGUGAUGAUGCACUUUACUUGGCUUCCUAUGAAAGUGAAGGUCCUGAGAACCACAUUGAAAAGGACAGAUGGAAGACACUAAGGUCAACACUUCUGGGCAGAGUCUAGAGCACACCACGUCUGCUGUUGCUGUGUUACAUGGAUUGCCAAGGGCCGUGGCUUGGUUUAUUUUUCUGUGCACUGAGUGGUGCUCAGAAUGAUGAAAGAUGUGCAGUCAGUUGCAGUAUUGUGGCAGCAGAGAUGAAAGAAGUUAAUUCAAGAACAAACAGGCAGCUUCUCCCAUCUGACAGAUGAGACAAAAUCACAGCCCACUCAUCUGGGAUUCAGGGUGAAGUAUUGAUUGAGAAUCCUUUGAAGAUCUCAGAUGGUGCCUGUGAAUCAUUUCACACCUGGAUGGAAUAUUCUUUCCUUUCCUUCUGCUGCAGCUUGCUGCUACAAGGACUCUGCAGAGCUGCUAGAAGGACUCGCAGGAGGUUACAGGGGAGAAAUGUUCACCAUUCCUUUUGGUGAAACCCAAGUCUGCAUUGAAGAGCUGUCAUUCCUAUUAAGCUGAAUAUAUCCCAGAAGUUUGGGAUUGCUAAGAAGGGAAAGGACUGGACACAAAAAUUGGCUGCUGAGGAGAAUUUCUGCCUACCACUGUAAUGGUGGUUGGGUUUUUUGUCUUUUUCCAAUGUGUUUUUGAGUUGGCUGCGGGCAGGCAAACUCAUUAUUAUUUUAAGUUAUUUAAAAAAUAUAAAGUAAUAAAAAGGCUGUGGUAGAAAAUACACCUAUAAAAAGAUAGUAGCUAUGUAGCUCCACAACUUCUAGGGGAGGCUUUUUCUUUUGUUCACUUCUUUACAACUAACCACUACAUGCUACAGACACAGUUAUUACUGUGAGAUUUUCUUAAUCUUGAUUUUCCAUACUUGACCUUCUUAUAUUAGGUUGAACAAGCUGACUUUUCUAGAAUAGUCAUUGAGAAACUGGCAUAAAAACUGUUGAAAUAUGAGAGUAUGUUUUUAUUAAGUAAUUUUUGUAGCUACCUUUUUUUUUUUUGAAAGGGUAACAGUGGAGAACACAAUCCACUUUGACUGAAACAGCAAGAGGCCAAAAAGAAAAAAAAAGAGGCUUCUUCUCAGCUCCAGCUAUGAACAAAACAGUCUUCCUGUGUGUUUGCUUUAGGGAUUAUGUUUAUGACUGUGAAGUAGUUCACUGUGUUACACACUUAAUACAUUUUUAGUAGCUGUGAAUACUUAGUCACUCUAUCCUAGGAGGAACCUGAUUGAAAAAGAAAUACAAAACUAAGCUGUAGCUAUAGAUCACCCUGGAUGCAAAAAUCAAUAAGCAAACUACAUACUUGGCAAAAAAAAAAAACCCUAUUUGCAAUGAUUCUGCUGCUGUUGUUAAAAAAAAAAAAAAGGAAAAAAUAAGAAUAAAUAUAUUUAUUUGUUGCACUGCAUCUCUUGAGUUUUCAGGUAAGGAGGUUUUUAUGUUCUGUCUGUACCUUUUCAGGCAUACAUUUUUAUUUUGAAUUCCAUAGUAACAUGUUGAGGUAGCCUUUGUUAAUGGGGAUACUGUCCUUAACUACAGCCUGUUUGCUGAAACAAGGUACUGGAAGUCUCUGAGUUACAUAUUCCACAAGGAAUUCCCUUCUCACCAGGGCCUCAAGCCCUGAGAGAGAAGGUUUCCUCUCCUCCUUUCCCAUUCCCUGUGUUAGGGGAAAGGAGGAACAAGAGGCCAACUCUUGGAAAGGAGAAAACUGCUUCUGCUGUGCAUAGCCUUGCCUCCCAGCUUUCAUCAGGUGAGAUCUUUCCUAUCCUCCCCUCUACAUGCCUCCCCUGGUGUUAAGGGCUUCAUGAGGCUUAUGUCUGGUGCAUGAGAGGGGAAUGCAAAUCCCAAACCUCUGGCAAGCCAGAGCUGCUCCUUCAGCCGUUAUUUAACUCAGUGUUUGAUGUUAGAGCCUUGCCAUGCUCUGUGCCCUCUUCUCCAUAAUUUGGUGCAGCCAGACCAUGCUGGGCUUUAAUUUUGAGCAUCCCAAGCUAUGUCAGGCUGUUGAACUGCUGAUGUGGAAAGCACCAUUCACACCUGUCCAUAGCAAAGGGAGAGAAAAGGACUGAUUCUUCCAUGGUCAAGCAGCUCCCAAAGGAAACAUCACAGACUCCCAGAAAUGAGGAGUCACAAGAACUCGUUAACUCUACAAACUGAGUGUUCAGGCAGGACUGAAAAUCACAGCUCAGUGCUGACAGAUGCUCAGUGCUUAAUGGGGGCAGAGGGGACAACGAUGUCUCCUGUACAAAUGGCUCAAACAUUACUUAUUUCUUUGUGGUGCGCUUUCUUCUGGUGGUGCAGAGACAAAAACUCUGCCUCUUACAGACCUGUGUGAACCAAUUUAUUCAAAAGAGUCUAUAGAUGUCUGGCUAAGCCCACAAGAGCAAUACCUGUCCUUGCCACCCAGCUAUUUCCCUGCUUUCCCGUUUGGAAAAAUCUUGAUGGCGUCACCAUGAAAAGAACAGUCAGAUGAAUGCAAAAAUGUGCAAGAGCCUAUCUACAGCUGUCAUCUCUGGAAGAACAAGUAGGAACCUUUACAUCCACGUGGAUAUUUUUCAUUUGUGUUGCAUUUUGUCAGCCUUCCCAGACAGAUGUUCUUGACAGAGCUGAAACUGUUACUUGAUCUAGCACUAAAACAGGCAAACAGGCCAUUAGGCAAAACACCAUUCAUUUUCCAAGACUUCUGCUACUCAAGGGAAUAUUCCCUAGCAUUCUGGGAGACUUUCCUUAUAUGUAAGUAAGGAAAAAAAAAAAACCACACAUUGAAAACAACACAAACACUGCAGUUAAUAAAAAAAAAUAAAAAUCCCAAAUAAGAGGAAAAUAAAAAGAUGCUUUAGUCUUAAGCUAAAAUUCUCUUACAAAGCUAUAGUAAAAAUAUAAUAGACAUAUCAAACUCUUUUUCUUAUAAAAUGCAUUAGAGCAAUGUAACAGUCUAGCUACAGCUAUAAGUAAAGCACUAGUGCUGAAACAAACAGAUGUUAAAGUAAUUACAGUCUAAAAAGGAGCUUAAACAAAAAAAAAAAAGAGAAAUAAAAAACCUUGCCCCAAAAAUAAAAAAAGAAAAUCUCUGUUUCUCAGAGAUAGAUGAACUAUUAUGCUAGAACAGCUCAUCCUUGAAAUAGUACCCCAUAAGUUUACAUAACCUAUAAAAACAACACAUAAAAACAUAUAAGACAACUAUAAAGCAUAAAAAACUUUCACACUGCAAAUUUUCCUUUUCCAAGCAGCUAAUUUGCUAUGACAUUAAAACCACAAGAAAUCUAUUUCUUCUAGAAAAGUCUCCAUAGCAUAUCAAGAGACACCCCUCUCCCUAAAAAAACUAAAAGAAAACUAUUCUGAAAAUAGUACACUAACUAGAAGUCUCAAAUUUUGUCUCUUUACAUUAUCAAUUAAAAGUAUAGGAGGAAAAAAAAGUGUUCUAAAAGUUUUAUUUUAAUUUUUAUUAUUCAUUCUUUUCUAUUAAUAAAGUUUUCUUUAUACCCUUUAAAGUUUUAAGCCUGCUUUGCUGUCCUCCUAAUUCCUAUCUCACAGCAAAAACAAAAACAACAACAAAAAAAACCCAAACAAAAACAAAAACAAAAAAAAAUCAUUCGAAUAAGUGCACUGGCAUUUAGCCAGCAUUAAACCCACUACGUUAAUUAGCGUGUUAGCCGAAAAUCUCAAAUUAGCAAACCAAAACCACUACACUUACACUUACUACAUGUGUGUAGCAUACUCCUUUGUGGGCUUUCUGCAGUAUUUUUGCUGGAAAAGAAGAAUAAUCCUUUCUUAGUGCACCAGUGUCUGCUUUUUCUCUCAGCUCCUCUGUCUAAUGUCGGUAGCAGAUUUUUCCUGCUUGAAGGGAAGGCAUGUGCUAAGCUGACACUUCAUACUCCAAGAUCUGAUAAAGUUCAGUGAGGGUUUGGUGCCAGCAAGGGCAUCAUUUGGUACCCACUGACACUUCAUCACCCUUACACUGUGCUGCAUAAAGCUCUUGUGGAAUAUGAUUUUUUUCUUUCUCCGUCAUUAGAAAGUUUUAUUUACAGUGUGACCCAAAAGGAGAUCUCACUGUAAGCCAAGUAAAUACAGUGUCCUCCUUUCACAGAGAUUACUUUUCAGGAAGAAAAAUGCAGAAGAUAAUGUGAAUAAAGCAGCUGGUUUUUAUCAGCUAUUUAUGUAGCCAAAGAAGUCUGGGUGCCAGUGAUUCUGUGGGGCCAGAUUAUCUGCUUUCUUGUAGUGCUUUUCUCCUCUGUCUUGUGAAGUCCAGAGGCUGGUAGGGGAAAUGAUUCUUAGGUGGACUUCCAGCUGCAGGGGAAAGCAGCAUCUGGAGCCAGUGUAUUCCAGCAAAUAAUAAACCAAGCAAAAUAUCUGUUGGUGUUACAGCAGGAUUUUCUGCAGGCCCCCAAGUCUGGCCUAGUGGUCAAAAGCUUAAAUAACUUUCCUGGAAUUAAUGAGUCUUUAUUGUCUGAUAACUCAAUAGCAUUUAUGUAUAGAAUGCCUCACUGCUUUUUAAAUGAGUUUUUCUUGGGAGAAAGGUAUAUGUAGGAAGCCAGAAAUAAUUAGGGCUGGGAGAAAAUUAUUUCAGAAGGAGUUAGACUUUCCCUUGUCCCUUUUCUCCUCCAGACAGUUCAGAGGAGUUGAAUUCUGCUUUUCCAUUAAAAAAAAUAGAAGAGGAUCUAUAGAGUAAUAGAAAAGAGAAUCUGGUAAGAAAUGAAUUGGCACCCCUUUCCUGAGGCAUAGCACAUAAUUGUAGCCAGCAGUAUUGGAUAGAAGGAAGUGCAAGCAGUAAACGUUUAAAUUACAGUAAUUUGUUUGACUUGCAUAUGUUGAAUUUCAGGUUUGCUGCCUACGAAGCUCCACUCAGAAAUCCCACAGUGAUUCUCUUGUAAAGGGAGUCAGAGGUUUAGAGUCAGAGUUUAGAGAAGAUAGCCUCCAAUGCAAACAAGAGUAACCUAGAAGGAUGACAGCAGUUUACAAAAAAUAUCAAGCAAUUAGUAAGAAAAGUUUAGAAAAGUGGCAUGUGAAACAUGAGGUAAAACAAGUAUUGUCUACACACAAUGUGUUUCUUCCUACUGCUGUUGCUAAGGUAACAAUCUAUUCUGAUGCUAACAAUGAAGAACAUUACUGUUUCUCCUUAAUUUCUGUUUGGGCAAAUAUACAAUUCUUUUGGUACUUCUUUUUGUUUGGCAGUUCACGAUCAGGCCUAGAGGAAGCAGCAGGUGAUGCUCCUUGAUCCCUGUGUGACUCAGUUUGAUAACCAGCAGAACUGGUAUUCAGAGGCUGUUUCCCCUCCAUUAAAAAGUGCCUACAGCAUUACACACUCUCAAGCAACCUCACAGAGAACAGGUCUCAUGUGAAGAUCCAAGCUGAGUUUGGAGGGUUGAGCACUAAGGAGACCUGAUCUGUGAAUUUCUGUUUCAACAGGUUUAGUGAGAACUUAAAAUUGCAAUACAUGUUGAGAUGUUUUUCACAAAAGAUUAAUGAAAAUAUAUUGUGGAGCAAUGUUCAAAGAGUAUGUCAUUAGUAGAUUAUGUUUGAAGAAGGUAAGUGUAUGAGAGCAGUGCAUCACAGUGUUACCUUUUUAACAGAUAAAAUUUUUCUUUCCUCAUACAAAAUCCAAUUCAGAUUUAUCCCAGAUGGUUGCUUUCAUAAUACAGACUUUCAGGACACAGUACAGUAUUUUUGAUGUUCCAUCAGGUGUUUGUUAUACUUAAGAAACAGUCAUUCACCACCUUUAGAAGUGAACUGGGAAUUUAUUUAAGUCCAUAUAUUUGUCUAUACAAAUUUCAUUUCAUAUAAUAGUGGCAUACUUGAUUGGAUUAUUUAAAUGCUGCUUUUCUUCUCAAAGAAGAAAACUCCUUCCUUUUUAUUAGCUGCCAUGGGAAGUCAUAGCUACACAAUGUCUUGUGAAGAGUGCCAGUUGGUAUGUCAGUAGUUAGCUGGCUUUCAGUAAAAAGAAGUGAAGAAGGCACUCCAGCUAUCCAGCAUGACUGAGAGAGGCUUUUCAGUUAAGUGUUACGUGGCUGUCCUGUUUAAAUCCCUUAUCUGUAGACUGCUACUUUUGAAUUGGGUUUUAAAAAUUGCAGAGGUCCUGUUCUGUGUGGCAGGAGAGGAGGGUGGGUGUUUGUCCCUCCUACGCAAGGAGAGGACACUGACAUUGCAGGUGCAGCCGGCUGGUCCCUCUGGCUGUUCCUCCAGUGCCCCUCUCCUGUGAGCCCUUUCAGUCCAUGAACUUUCCUGCUUUCAGCUAAUGCCUUUCAAGAUGUGGAGGGGAAACUUUAGUCUGAUGCAGGGUGCCCUCUUGUGAUACAAAUGAAACAAAUCCAGAGAGCCGGGUGGGAUGGGAUGAGGAAAAUUGAAUGAAAGUUCCCAAGAAAAAAUGUGUUAGGAUUGUGACCAUACCCAGAAGCCAGCAACUGCUUUAUCUCCACACUCUUCAACUUCUGCCAACAUGUGGUGUGAAGCCAAUGAGAAUUAAGCAUCAUAAUGAAUUUUAUUGGGGCAUAUUUCCUGCCCAACUUCAUUUCUCUCAGCUUUUUCCCUGAAAUAGCUACCUUGUAAUUGAAAUAAAGCUAAAAGCAAGCAGUGAUUCAGGUAGGGCACUACAUCCUGGUUUGAACCACCUGGAAAGCUGGUUUCUUUGGAAUAAAGGAAAUGAGAUUCAGCACAGAUGUUAUCUUGCUUAAUGCCCAACUGAAAAGUGUUCAGGUAUUUUGAGAUUGAGAUGGAGUAAAAUGCAGAAUGAAGAGCAUUGAGAGCAUGAUCAGAAUUAUCUCCUUGUAAUUUUAGGUCCUACUGAGUCAAGAUUACACUCUUUGAAUGUUUCUCUCGGGAUUUGCCAUGUAUGGUAUAUGAUUCAACAUAAAUGUUCUCUUGUAAUUCCUUUUUUUCCUCUUAACUGCAGAUGGGGACAUGCAAACCCCAAAAAGAACUCUAGGGUUUUUUGUAAAGAAAAAAACAACAAGUCUGCCAUCAUGCACUCAUUUAAUUUUUGGAAACAAAUACUCAAGUACUUGGGGAAUGAACCCAAUGAGCAUAUUAAAAUGGUUAUGAAUAAAUUUAUUCUCCCUCUC